AUGGCAGAGAUCUCAGCCUUACGUCUACUCGUCGCAGCAAUCAUCGUUGCUGUCACCACAGCUUUUCUACGCCUAUUCUACAUCCUUCCUGCAACAUGGGGCAGCCACAAGCACCCGCAUCCCGAAUAUCCAAGAACAACACCCGCCCACAUGGUGGUAGUACUUGGCUCAGGCGGCCAUACGGCGGAGAUGCAGUCAAUUAUGCGAGACAUAGACCCAAGAAAGUACAUGCAUCGAACCUACAUCGUGUCAUCAGGGGAUGAUUUCUCUUCCAGCAAAGCCUUUGAGAUCGAGAGGAAGAUCCAGUCAAAGUGUACAGAAAGGGGAAGCACAACAACUAUCAAAGGCAAGAAUGAUCUUGUAGUAGGAUUCUGGGACAUCAAAGUUGUUCCCCGCGCCAGGAAGAUUCAUCAACCUCUUUAUACGACCAUGUUCUCUUCGGCCUGGUGCUUAAUGGGUUGCUUCAGGGCUUUGGUAGAAACGGCCAGAGAUUCCACGAUAUCGCCCGGGGAAUAUCCAGAUAUCAUAAUCACGAAUGGGCCAGCUACAGCUGUAAUGGUGAUCUUGGCUUCUUUGGUGUUGAAGUUCCUUGGUGUAGCACCCGCGUGGUCAAUGAACUCGGUCUAUGUGGAAAGUUGGGCCAGGAUCAAGACUUUGAGUCUAAGUGGCAAAGUCCUGUUAAAUCUAGGAUUGUGCGAUCAGUUCAUUGUACAGUGGGAGAUCUUAGCGAAAGCAAUCAAUGGGCGAAGUAGGUGGAAGCAGGUUGAGUGGCAUGGAUUUCUAGUGGAGUAG